GUCACGGCUACUUUUAACAAGAAAGCAGUGACUUGAAAAUAAUUGUGAAAAGUAACAGGUUACCUCUUGGCGAUCCCUAUUUACGUUUUUACUUGAAGUUCGUCCGUGGAGCGUUGCACCUGUGAAAUUAUAAAAUGGCUGAACCAAUUCGAGUUGUGGUUACCGGGGCUGCUGGCCAAAUCGCCUACUCCCUGCUGUACAUGAUCGCGCGCGGCGAGGUGUUCGGCAAGGACCAGCCCAUUGUUUUGCACCUGCUCGACAUUCCGCCCAUGGUCGGUGUCCUCGAGGGCGUGGUUAUGGAACUGGCCGACUGUGCCCUGCCUCUGCUGGUCGAGGUGGUGCCCACCACCGACCCGGCUGUUGGAUUCAAGGAUGUCUCUGCCGCCUUCCUCGUGGGCGCCAUGCCCCGCAAGGAGGGAAUGGAGCGCAAGGACUUGCUUUCCGCCAACGUGAAGAUCUUCAGGACCCAGGGCGAGGCUCUGGAUAAGUUCGCCAAGAAGGACGUGAAGGUGCUGGUUGUGGGCAACCCUGCCAACACCAAUGCCCUGGUCUGCUCCUCCUACGCGCCAUCUAUUCCGCGCGAGAACUUCUCCGCCAUGACCCGCUUGGAUCAGAACCGCGCCACCUCCCAGAUCGCCGCCAAGGUGGGCGUGCCCAUUUCCGCUGUUAGCAACAUCAUCAUCUGGGGCAACCACUCCUCCACUCAGUAUCCCGAUGCUGGCCAGGGCAAGGUGACCGUCAAUGGAGCCUCCAAGUCCGUGGUGGAGGCGGUUAACGACACCGCAUAUCUGCAGGGAUCCUUUGUAGAAACCGUUCAGAAGCGCGGAGCAGCGGUCAUCGCGGCCCGCAAAAUGUCCUCUGCCAUGUCGGCAGCAAAGGCCGCCUGCGACCACAUGCACGACUGGUGGAACGGCACGGCUCCCGGCCAGUUCGUCUCCAUGGGUGUUUUCUCCGACGGCAGCUACGACUCGCCCAAGGACGUGAUCUUCUCGUUCCCCGUCGAGAUCAAGAAUAAGCAAUGGAAAAUCGUCUCUGGCCUGACCCUCAGCGAUUUCGCCAAGAAUAAGUUAAGCGUUACCGGCAAGGAACUCCAGGAGGAGAAGGACGAGGCUCUCUCCGUUCUGGACUCGAGUGUGUCCAACUUGUAAUGCGACAUUAAACGUUAAUUACUAACUUCAUAGUUGUGCAUUUAGGAACCAAGUUCAUGGCAAUAAAAAAAUUUGUAAAUAACU